UUUCUUUGAAGUUUGACGCGCGCACGCUUCCAUCAUGGGCUGCACGGUGAGCGCGGAGGACAAGGCGGCCGCAGAGAGAUCAAAGAUGAUCGACAAAAACCUGCGGGAGGAUGGAGAGAAGGCGGCGAGGGAGGUGAAGCUGCUCCUGCUCGGUGCGGGUGAAUCAGGGAAGAGCACCAUUGUCAAACAGAUGAAAAUCAUUCAUGAAGACGGAUACUCAGAAGACGAAUGCAAGCAGUACCGAGCCGUGGUUUACAGCAACACCAUCCAGUCCAUAAUGGCCAUCAUUAAAGCCAUGAGCAACCUGAAGAUCGACUACGGGGAAAGUGCACGUGUGGAUGAUGCGCGGCAACUGUUUGCGCUGUCUGCGGCUGCGGAGGAGCAGGGGAUCCUGACUGACGAUCUGGCCAAUGUGAUCCGCAGACUGUGGGCCGAUAGCGGCGUUCAGGGCUGCUUCUCCAGAUCCAGAGAAUAUCAGCUCAAUGACUCCGCUGCUUACUAUCUGAAUGAUCUGGACAGAAUAGCGCGCUCAGACUACAUUCCCACCCAGCAGGACGUGUUGAGGACCCGAGUGAAAACCACAGGCAUCGUGGAGACUCACUUCACCUUCAAAGACCUGCACUUCAAGAUGUUUGAUGUCGGAGGUCAAAGGUCAGAGAGGAAGAAGUGGAUUCACUGUUUUGAAGGAGUGACGGCCAUCAUCUUCUGUGUGGCUCUGAGCGCUUAUGACCUGGUGCUGGCAGAAGACGAGGAGAUGAACCGCAUGCAUGAAAGCAUGAAGCUGUUCGACUCCAUCUGUAACAACAAGUGGUUCACCGAGACCUCCAUCAUCCUCUUCCUCAACAAGAAAGAUCUGUUCGAGGAGAAGAUCACGCGCAGCCCACUCACCAUCUGCUUUCCAGAAUAUUCAGGAGCCAAUAAAUACGACGAGGCUGCCAGUUACAUCCAGACCAAGUUCGAGGAUCUCAACAAGAAAAAGGACACCAAGGAGAUUUACACCCACUUCACCUGUGCUACUGACACUAAGAACGUGCAGUUUGUGUUUGACGCCGUUACUGACGUCAUUAUCAAGAACAACCUGAAGGACUGUGGCCUCUUUUAAUGACAGCAGCCCCGGAGAAUCAUGAGGAUGGUGUCUAUUCAUUUGAUGGACCUGGUCAGUGGGUUAGACUGCUAGACUGCCUUCAAACACCUAUCAGAAUCGUAAUGUGUUUUUUUAAUUUUUAUUUUUUUUAUUGUGACAACCCGAAAUGGACGAGUCGUGAACAAGGAAAAGAGAAACUUCACCCAGUUCCAGCACACCAUCCUCCUUUCCUGAAUCUUGUUUUUAAAUCAGUCUCAGUGUGUACAUAUUUAAUUUUCAGCCCAGCGAUGAGUGGAGAGUCGGGAUUAUUCUUUUUUUUUUUCUUUGUUUGUUUCUAUUGAGCUUUUAGGGCAUGUUUUUUGACAGCGGGGUCGGGCGCACACUUCUUUUAUGGAUGUGCUAAUUUUAUCGAACUCAAAAUGCUUCUUUUGUAAAGUAAAUGUGAGCACAGAAAGAAAACGAGACAUCUCUUUUUCUUUUUUGUAAAACAUCAGCACCGAAUCCUCAUCCCACACUCAAUCUGUAUAUUGUUGCAUGACGGACCAUCCGAACCUGCUCGAAAAAGCUCCAAAACACACAGCGUGACGUCCCUUUACACUCUCUAUAGCGUCAUCUCUGUCCACUAACGUGUAAAUAUAUAUUGUGUCCGCCCUCACAUUUCCCUGUCCUCAUUGCUGUACACCAUCUUCCUUUGGCGCGAUGUCUGUGCCUUGUUUUCACUGUCUGUAGAUCAUAGGGCUGUUUUUAUUCACUCUAUCAAAUGGAAAGUGUACAAGUGUUGAGCACAUUUUAAGAGCUAAAUAAUAAUAAUAAUAAUAAAACUAGACUACAGUCUUUGGGUUAUUAUCUGAAUUCCUUACUAAUUAUUUCAUUGGAAAUAAAAGUUGAUAUGUAAGAUA